AUGGGAGAGCUCACAAAGGUUGCCGUAUGCUAUGAUAACACAAGCCACAGUAUUAGCGACGCUCGAACCGCCCAAAUUCUCGUGAUCCCGUCAAGUGACGUUCGCGUCGAAGUUCGAAACGCAUGGCUGUCUAGGCGUUAUACUGCCUUUUCUAUCACAUAUAGGUACCUGGGAUCAGAGCCAUUGGAAUUACCCUUGAACCUCAACGGAUUCACCUUCACCUGGUUCCCUUCGAAAGACAGCUGCUGCCUCGCUCGUGCUUUGAGACUUAUCGUUCAAUCGACAACGAGAUUUCUGCCUCACACUUUGAUUCUCGAUGGACUCGUGCCAAAAGGUGAUGCGGUUACGGUGGUGAAAGACGGCAGUGUUACCCACAUAGGCUCCUCUGCGACGUUCAGGGCACAGGAUCUGCGUGAACCACUCCAUGUGUUGAUCACAAAGCGAAGUCCUGACUUUCGACUGUCGCUGACGUUCUCCAGAGAUUCUGAAGUGGUUUUUUGUCCUCUUCCUGUCAUCCACAAUGGCUACGUUUCGGACGUGAACUCAUCCUGCGAACAGGGUGCCUACUGUAACGGUACCGCCCUACACUACGGAUGUGAUUUUGGCCAAUUGCCAGGAACAAUGUCGACAACUAUUUGCGUGAAUGGUAAAUGGAGUCCUUUGCCAAAUUGUACAGCUGGUAGUUGCCCGGCUGUGGAGGGGACGUACCUAAACGCAACCCUUGUCGGAAACCCACCACUUGGACCACUAUCUCAUGCCGAAUACCGUCCUCCGGAAUGGUCGUUGGCGACACAGCCGUUUCGGGUAUGCGCCAUGAAUGAGUUCGGUACAUCCUAUGGCUGGCAUGAUUACAACUUCGCAUUUGAAGUACCGAUAUGUCGAUCGUAUCCUGUGAAGUACGGUCACUUCGAGAGGAAUUUUUACCAAGACGGUGAAACGGCUACGGUGACCUGCCUGGACGGUUUCAGUGUGGGCGUAUUGCCGAAGUGUUUCCGCGGUGAAUGGACGUCCUACAACGCAACCUGCACAGAGAACCCGAUUCCGGCUGGAUCUUGCCAAAAUGGACAUGUCGUCAAGCUGAACCCUGGCUACACAUGCAAAUGUAAUCCAGGAUUCGAAAUGUUCUACAAAGACAGCGUGGCUAGCUGCAAGGAUAUCGACGAAUGUGAACGUGGUUUUCAUCUGUGCGACCCGGAUGCAAAAUGUAGGAAUUUGUUCGGAGGCUAUACUUGCGAAUGCCCUGAAGGGAAGGAGCUUUACACCGGACAAUCCGGAGUGCAUAACCAAUCUCUCAUUAGGAACGUAUCAUGCAUUUAUAUCGACGAAUGUGAACGUGGUUUUCAUCUGUGCGACCCGGAUGCAAAAUGUAGGAAUUUGUUUGGAGGCUACACUUGCGAAUGCCCUGAAGGGAAGGAGCUUUACACCGGACAAUCCGGAGUGCAUAACCAAUCUCUCAUUAGGAACGUAUCAUGCAUUUGUACGUUGAACAGUUCGAUCCUCGCGAUAUAA